AAUAGGCAAAUAGAAAAAAUCAAACUUAUUCAUUAAUAAAUAUGCGAUAUGAUUAGAUAUAAAGCAUCGUAAGGGACUUACAUUUACAUUAUCGAUUUAAUCAAUAUAGAUAAAACGGAAGCAAUAUAAAUUAGACAGAAUUAACAGCUAAUGAUUCAGUACCUAUAACAGUAAUAAAUAGAGUCACUAUGAAGUUGACUUGGUUGCUGUUUUCCUUACUCUUGGUGGCUAUAGCUGCUGCUCAAAAUGAGGAGGAAUUACCUUUGGCAGAAUUGUGUGAUGUGGAAAGUUGUCAAUUGCCAAACUGCAGAUGUUCAUCCACAGGAAUUCCGGGAGGACUUAGGCCAAGGGAUACGCCGCAGUUUGUUCUAGUAACUUUUGAUGAUGCCAUCAAUAUCCUGAACAUUGAGACAUACCGCUCGACUUUAUAUGGCCGUUCAAAUUCUAACGGUUGUCCAGCAGGAGCCACGUUCUAUGUCAGCCAUCAAUACACUAACUACCAACUGGUGAAUGAACUAUAUUCGAACGGUUUCGAAAUCGGCUUACACUCCAUCACCCACCGAACACCUCAAUCUUUUUGGGCCGAAGCUGAUUACGAAACCCUAAAAGGGGAGUUUGCUGACCAAAGACAGAUGAUGUCUCACUUUGGCAAAAUUCCGUUAGAAAGGAUUCAAGGUAUGCGAAUGCCUUUCCUGCAAUUGGCUGGUAACGCUAGUUUUCAAGUCCUGAAAAGCAGUGGUAUGACAUUCGAUGCUUCCUGGCCUACUAUUACUUUUACCGAGCCUGGCCUAUGGCCUUACACUUUGGAUUACGCCUCAAAUCAAGACUGUCAACUUCCUCCAUGUCCAAGUGCCUCUCUUGAAGGAGUAUGGGUACUUCCCAUGGUUGCGUGGAAAGAUUUAAAUAACAACCCUUGCGCCAUGGUUGACGCCUGUUUCGCACCCCCUGCACUUGACGAUGAGGAUGGUUGGUUCCAAUUCAUCAGUACCAACUUCGAGAGACACUAUUUUAAUAAUCGUGCACCUUUCGGUUUCUAUAUCCACGAAUGGUUCGUCCGCACCUACCCUGCAGUCAACAACGCUUUUAUUAAAUUCUUGGACACUAUCAAUAACAUGCCUGAUGUCUUUAUGGUGAACUCAGCUGACGUGAUAAACUGGGUCAAGAAUCCUGUACCUGUAGACCAAUAUAAGAACCAGGCUUGCCCUCAAAAUCCACCAUCUCCUUGUUUACCUACCAACUGUGGUCCUCUGUCAGCUACACAUACACAGGAACAAUUUUGGAUGGCUUCCUGCAAUACGUGCCCUAACGUUUACCCGUGGUUUGGAAAUCCUCUAGGAGCAUAAAUAUGAUGGGAAAUUUGAUUACUGCUACAAAAUCUGAAAAAUUAUCUAAAAUGUUUAUUUAAAUAUAUAAAUAAUAAUAAAUUGCCAGUACUUUUUCUUUAUUUAUUUUUUUAAUCCUUUACA